AUGCCUCCAAGCCUCCUGACCAACAGGCGAGCUCCGUCUUGCUCGGAGUCCCGCCCCCUGCCGAUUCGAGCAAUGGGCGUCCCCCGUUCGGCGCAGUACCCGCCCCCGCCGCACGCCGGGCCGUGGGCCGCAGGGAUAGUCCUGGUCUUCUUUACCAGGAUGGGCAAAAUGGUGGUCCAUAAGCUGAAUGCGGCCUGCUGGGUCCUCAAAGUUGAUUCGAAAGAUAGUUCUCGUAACUCCACAAACUCUGAAUUUGCAGCCAAAGCUGAGGGUCAGAAUGACACAAUUGAGGAACCAAACAAGGUCCAGAAAAGGAAGAGGGAUAGGUUUCGAGACCAAGGCUCUACAAUGAUCUACCUGAAGGCUAUCCAGGGCAUCUUGGGAAAGUCGAUGCCAAAAAGGAAGGGAGAGGCUUCCACUAGGGCCACACCAAACACAAGGGAGCGUCCCAGCCGUGGAGAAGGGCCAGCCAGGAGUGCCACUGUGUCUCCUCCUCAGAAAGGGAAAGAGUCAGCCCCAGAGGUAAGAGCAGAGGAGGAAAAGGCUGUGCUGGAGAGGACCAGCUUCUGCGACAGGAGAGUGGUGAUAGACCCUCAGGAGAAACCCAGCGAGGAGACACCUGGUGACCGAAGGACAGUCAUUGACAAGCAUUCUCCACCUCUGCAGUUUUUGGAUGACUCUGACUCUCAUUUAGAAAGCCAGAAGCCUAAAGAAAGGGAGGUGGUGAUAGAGCGCACCUCUUCAGGAAGUGACUGGUCUGAUGUAGAUGAAGUCUCCACAGUCCGAUUCUCUCAGGAGGAGCCCGGCUCACUGAAACCCUCCACAGUUCCAGAGCCUUCUGCCUUCCCCACUGACUAUGUCAUGUACCCGGCUCAUUUGUACAGUAGUCCGUGGUGUGACUACGUCAGCUAUUGGACCAGCAGCCCCAAGCCUUGCGGCUACCCCUCUGUGGGCGCCGGCAGUGACACGCUGCAGGCAGGGCGGAGCAACCGGGGCCUCCUGAGUGAUUGUCCCCCUAACUCUGCAGCGACUUCCCAGAAUACUUCCAGAGACCAGGAGGCAACAGAGGAAGGCACAUCCCAGAACUCCCGUUCAUUUCAUUUCUCCAGAAGCUCGGAAGAAGAGGUGAAGGAGAAAAGAGCACUCCAGGAGGAGAUGGCACCACGUCCCUGCGGAGGCCACGCAUCCGGCUCCCUGCCAAGGAGCCAUCGGGGGUCAGGCCUAGAAGAGGGUUUCAUCGAUACCCACUGUCACCUGGACAUGCUGUAUUCCAAGUUGUCUUUCAAAGGGUCCUUUACCAAGUUCAGAAAAAUUUAUAGCAGCUCCUUCCCUAAGGAGUUUCAGGGCUGCAUCUCUGACUUCUGUGAUCCUCGGACACUGACUGAUUGCCUGUGGGAGGAGCUCUUGAAAGAGGAUCUGGUUUGGGGGGCCUUUGGCUGUCAUCCUCAUUUUGCACGUUACUACAGUGAGAGUCAAGAAAGAAAUCUUUUGCAAGCCUUAAGGCACCCCAAGGCUGUGGCAUUUGGGGAAAUGGGCUUGGAUUACUCGUAUAAGUGCACCACGCCUGUCCCAGAACAGCACAAGGUGUUUGAGAGACAGCUGCAGCUGGCCGUAUCUCUGAAGAAGCCCUUGGUGAUCCACUGCCGAGAAGCUGACGAAGAUCUGCUGAACAUCAUGAAAAAAUUUGUGCCCUCAGACUACAAGAUCCAUAGGCACUGCUUCACUGGCAGCUACCCAGUCAUCGAGCCUCUGCUGAAGCACUUCCCCAACAUGUCUGUGGGCUUCACAGCAGUCCUGACUUACUCCUCGGCCUGGGAGGCCCGGGAAGCUCUGAAGCAGAUCCCGCUGGAGAGAAUCAUUGUGGAAACGGACGCUCCCUACUUCCUGCCCCGACAGGUUCCCAAAAGCCUCUGCCAGUAUGCCCACCCAGGCCUGGCCUUGCAUACGGUCCGAGAGAUUGCGAGGGUCAAAGAUCAGCCGCUCUCCCACACCUUGGCCAUCCUGCGUGAGAACACCAGCCGCCUCUACAAUCUUUAA